UUUUCAUUUGGUGACAAUGAUAAAUGGAUGCACAACCUGUUUAGUUUGGAAAUUAGUAGCUCUUUCAUAGAAAUAAUAACAUUUUCAUGAAAGUAUAUGAGACUGUAUACUUUAGCAGAUCGUUCUGGAUUAAGAUUGGAAUUACAACAAAAGCAGAAAGAUUUCCUGAAGUAUAUGUGAGACUGUGUCCAAGGAGGUUCUGCUUAAGAUUGGAAUUACAAUAAAAGCAAUGAAGAUAAGUAUCAAAAAUGGACGCUAUUCUGUAACAACUUGAAUAUAAAUUUAUCAUUGAGACAUAGUAUUCGAAAUCUGGAAUUUUUUUUGUGUGUGGAAAUGUUCACUGUAUUGGAUAAAAUCUUUCUGACGCUGGCAGGAGUGGAAUUCAUAAUCGGAAUGUUAGGGAAUGUGUUCAUGGGGCUGGUAACCUUCUCUGAAUGGGUCAAGAACCAAAAGAUUUCCUUAGCUGACUUCAUCCUUACCUGCUUGGCUAUCUCCAGAAUCACUCAACUGUUGGUUUUAUUGUUUGAAUCAUUUAUGCUGGGACAACCUUCGUGUUUCUAUGCCACUUAUAAACUAGCAAAACCUAUCACUUUGCUUUGGAGAAUGACUAAUCACUUAACCACAUGGUUUGCUACCUGCCUAAGCAUUUUCUACCUCCUUAAGAUAGCUCACUUCUCCCAUUCCCUUUUCCUCUGGCUGAAGUGGAGAAUGAACAGAGUGGUUCUUGUGAUUUUUGUAUUUUCUUUGUUGUUUCUGAUUUUUGACUUUCUAUUGCUAGAAACAUUUAACGAUCUCUUCUUCAAUAUCUGUAAAAUAGAUCAAAGUAAUCUGACUUUAUAUUUAGAUGAAAGAAAAAUUCUUUAUGUUAAAACCCAGAUUCUUCUUAGCUUGACCUAUUUCAUACCUAUUGCUCUGUCUCUGAUUUCGUUGCUCCUUUUAUUUCUGUCCUUGGGAAGACACAGCAGAAAUUUGAAGCUCAACUCCAUGGGCUCAAGAGAUUCCAGUACAGAGGCCCACAAAAGGGCCAUGAAAAUGGUGAUGUCCUUCCUCUUCCUUUUCGUAGUUCAUUGUUUUUUCACACAAUUGACACAUUGGAUAAUUAUGUUUUGUAACAGCAAAUUCACAAAGUUUGUCUUAUUAGCAUUAUAUGUCUUUCCUUCAGGCCACGCAUUUAUUUUGAUUCUGGGAAAUAACAAGCUAAGACAGACAGCCUUGAAGGUACUGUGGCAUCUUAAAAGCUCCUUAAAAAGAGAAAAUCCAUUAGCUUUACAGGAUAGACUUUCCAGAGCCUUUUCAAAGAUAGUAACUCAGUGAGGAAACUUUGAAAAUCAAUUUUCACUUCUACUAUUUUUUUCUACUGGGUUCUUUUAAGUGUUGUUGAGCAUAACUGAAACUUUCUCUAGAAUAGGUUGCUUUGUAUGAUAAUUCGCCAUGGUCAGCCAAUAUAAUUUAAAAAGUAAUCAUUUUUGUCUAAAACAUUGGUUACCAAUAUUUUAAAGUUUCAAAUAUUCUUUCAAGGAGAAUCUAAAUUAUUUCAUUUUACAUGCAAAACAUGUGUGUAAUUUCAACACAUAUUUGGGAGAAGAGGCAUGUUGUUUUUUAGAAAUCAAGAUAAAUUGCAAUUAACUAGGUAGAAGAUGUAUAAAAUAUUGAUUGAAAAUUCAUUGAGCAACUAAAGUCAUAGGUGAAAAAAGCAUGACCUCAUAGCUUAAAAGUCUAACUUUUUUUGAAUGGAAGAGCACUGCAUUGUUGUUAUCAGAGAUUUUGUUGAUAUCAAGGAAAUAGGAUGUUUGAUAAUAAGAAUAAUAUUCAUAGUGCAAGAUAAUAUAAAUUGUCUGUGAGUAGAAACUGGUAAUAUCCCUAUAAUACUGAUCUUAUUUGAAACCCCAAGUUGUAAACAUUCUAGGCACUUGUUAAUUUUGCUAAAUUCCAGUAUAUGCAAUGUGCAUUUUCAUAGGGCAGAAAUCAAUAUUUCUACCAUGUUAUGCAAUAGAAUUAAAAAUAUAUACAAGGAUUAUUUAAUUCAAAAUCACACUCAUAUUGCUACUGCUAAAAGAUCAUAAUUAUGUUUUGAGAAUGAUUACCUUUGGGCCUGUGCACACACACUUUAUUGUAAUCUGAUCAUUAGAGUUCUUAGAGAAACAAAUGGAAACAGGUCAAAAGGAAAGGCGGAGAAAGUAAAGUUCAUAACAGAACAUCACAUGUUUAGAGCAAAUUUUGGAUGUGCAUAUGUAUAUAUUGUGCUGUUUUAACUAUAAUAAUCUAAAUUUAGAAAUUGUAACUAAGGUUAAGGAUGGGAAAGUUUAUUAUAAAAUUUUGAAUAUGAUGGUAUGCAUUAUAAUAUUGUACAGAUGUUAUAUAUGUAUACAUAAUGGAAUUCUUUAAAAGUGAAGAAUUCUUUUUUAGGGUUUAUCUUUGACGUAUUCUUUAGAUUGUGUUCGAUUAGAGAAACAAAAAGCUGCAAUUAAGUGAUGAUAAAUAUGUGGGUUGUAAAUUAAUCUUGAUGGAGCCAUAAGUAAGGGAACUGUUCUAGGGUAGUUCCUUGGAGCUGAGAGUGAUGUUAGAAUUAUUAACAUUUCUCCCUGCCUUCCCACAUCAUAUGUAGGAAACUAAACUGCAAGCCCAUCUAGGCUAUGUGGUGCUUCUGUGUAUCAGUAACAAUAAUGAUGUCGAUGAUGGUUUUAAUGAUAAGAAAUAUAGUGUCUAUUUUACUAAGUAAUUUACAUUUUACAAAAUAAAAUGU